GAGAGCUUCUUAAAAGUUGCUCACGCCUCUGGCUUUUUCUUUCGAUUCAUACCCAUACGUAGGGUUUAAGAAGAAUAACAGAUCGAACAUCUGAAUGAGAUAGAGAGAGAAAGAUAGAAAGCGCGUUGUCGAUUGCUAUAGUAUCUCCCGGAUAUUGAUGUAACAAAGUGCUUCCCUCUGGUGAAUUCUAAGCAGGAAGCUAUUUCCUAGUAUUUCCUCGAGAUGGCCAAUUUAACCAUAACUGGUAUUAUUGAAAAGAUGACGGGGAAGGAUAAGGAUUACAGAUAUAUGGCAACCUCUGAUUUGCUGAAUGAGUUGAACAAAGAGGGGUUUAAACUGGAUACCGAUCUUGAGUCGAAGUUGUCGAAUAUUAUAAUUCAGCAGCUUGAUGAUGCAGCUGGUGAUGUUUCUGGGUUAGCUGUAAAGUGGUGGGGCCUUUUCUUCUGA